UUCGGUUCCUUUCAUUGCUCACGUGAAGAGGAAGCAUGCUAGAGUGAAGCUUGAACACAUUGCUUUUCGUAAAAGAGAAGCUGAUGAAAUUGUUGCGAAAAGAAGGGGAAAACGUGUCAAGGGG